AUGCAGGACAACGAUUCAUCACCGAAGAAGCUCAAGGGAGCCCUCAAGAAUUCUAAAGCGAAGAAAUUGGAACGGUCGGAGACGAAGCCCCGUAGGAAGUCGGUGUCGCCUCUGAAGGAAACGUCAGAAAAGGAUGAUAUCCCUGCGAUGGAAAAAUCAAAAUCCAAGAUUACUGGUGGCAGAAGACGAUCGCUCCAGGAAAAGUCCAGGAUAAAAAGUGGAAAGAAAGAGCCGUUGCAAGAAGAACACGAAGGGUCGAUGCAGAUGAACAACAUGAAUGCAACCACAAAGCCGGAAUCCAUCACCAGCCCUACUAGCCCUACUGAUAGAACCAUCUCUAGUAAAAGCAGACGCAACGCAUCAGACACUGCACCCACUUCCUCCUCCAAGAAAAUAUGCUCUUGCAAUGAUUGCUGCGGUGCGUGCUGCGUUUCAGCCUCCAUGUCACCACAAUCCAGGGAUACUAGCAGUGGAGCACCAAAAGCAGGAGAAUCUUUGGAGCCCCCGGGACUGAACGGCGAUCAACCUGACUCAGGUCCCCCUGGUGAAACGUCCAGGAAAGAAGAUCAAGUAAACAGACCAGGAUCCGAAACUUCCCCUACAUCCGUGUCGACGUCAUCGCGUUCCUCCAAGGCAAGGUCUUCCUCAAGCAGGCCUUCCACUAGCAGGCCAUCGUCGCGGAGCACAGGAAGCCGUAAGGGAAGGGAAACAGUUUCUAUAGUCCAUACCAGCGCGCUUACGAAUUUGAAACUAUCAAAGGGGCAAUAUGAACUUCCCGGUGCAUCAUCGAAUGUGUCUCCUGUACCUGGGAAGAGAAACGCGUCCCUCCGAAGACAGCCACGGGUACCCUUAUAUAACAGCAGACAUACGUUAUCGUACGUAAGGAGCGAGACUGACGACUCUGCGCUGCGAACAACCAGUCCAACAACCAUCACUACAGACGACAGGGACGCCGAGGUGCAUACCAUGACGAAAAUCCCAAUUUCAGCCAUUCUGCAGAAAGGGUCUCUUCUACAAGCUCUUGCGUGCAUGCAGCCUGAGUCCACUUGGUCAUCGCAUGCCUGUGAAACUCCCAACAUAGUACCACCGAGUAAUAUGAUGCCACCAACAAUCUACAGCAUGACGCCACAAGCUUCUCGGAGAUGGCCACCAACAGGAGUAAGCCCGAUCAGGACACCAUCGAGAAGCAUCGUGUUGCCACCAUAUGCUGAUAGCAUGAUGCAAAUUAGAUCGCGCACAGCGACGCCAACAACAGCGAGCGGAGCGGCAGCGGCGGGAACAUAUAUGAUGCCAGCAGCUAGAGGCAUGCCACCAGCCGGUGGCAACUUGGCUACAUGCGUCGUCCCGCAACCAACACCUACCAAUGUGCCGUAUGUAAACGCGCCGGACGCGAGAUUUCUACAAGCUCCACACUACGUUCAACCUUAUGCGGAUACAGUGCCACCAGUAGUAGCAAGUAAACCCUGGGACCGUACUACCAGCGACAGCGAUUUAACGUUGAACAUACGAGUCGUCUACAAGAAUUCCCAAGGGUCAGAAGCUUCUCUUACGUCGAUCGUUCAGACUCACAUGAAUCUGGACGAAACAACUAACUUGAAGGAAUAUGUCAAGCAAGCUUUAGGUCAAGCCUCAGCUAGGACCGGGUCUGAUACUGCGCAACCAACUGCGUGGAAGCCAGAGCGCACUGAAAAAACUGCGAAACCAACGCAAGGUGAAACCGAGCCGGGGGCUGCUUCAACGCGACCUGAUGCUGGCACUCUGAAUUAUCAAAUGAGGAAAGUUAACCAGCCUUCGGAAGCACAUCUAUACACGUUGCUGAGAGAGGAGCCCAAACUGGAGCGAGCUAAUGUGUCUCCUUUCAGCAACAGAGUGAUGCCACAGGUGCCAGAGCGUUCUUCCGCAAUGGCGUCCGAUGUGAAUCGUAGUACGAAUGCUGUACUUCGUCCAGUGGUUGGAAGAAAUGUUGAUUCCGAGACAGGUGUUUUGCGCCAUCUGGAUAUGAUUCGCGCAUCAGAUAAGGAGCGUGCAUUGGAACUGGGCGGACAAGAAAAAACAGAUACCACGUACCAGUACUCGCAAUCCGAGAAAGAACCAGUAAAGCAGCAAAGACCUGUGCCUUCUGCGACUGCUCACGCACCAUCUACUCCCGCAGCUGCGUUGGGUGUGACUGUACCCUAUGAAAGCACACUUGACGUUUCGGGUGGAAGGGAACAAAAAUCAGUGGAGUCCUUGGUUAUAGCUGAAAUGGAACUUAUAACAACAAAGUUAUCUGAGAAGCUGAAGUUUCUCAAAGAAAAGCGAAAGAAGGCAAAACAGGGUAAAUGA